AUGAGGCUAUUCAAUUUCGCCCUUAUUUUCGGCGCGGCCGUCCUGGCCACCGAAGUGCCCCUCGGGGAUGAUGGCGAGGACGAGGCGCCGCGUGAGAACACAUACUUCAACCAAAAGAUGGUCCCGCCAAUGCAGCGGUUAUCGGCAGACACCUGGGAACAGGACCGUCUCGCGUCAAAAUGGUUGAUGGUCAAGCAUUUUAACCCCUGGUGUUCGCACUGCAUCGCCUUUGCUCCAACCUUCCAGACCUUGUACGAGUUCUACUACACAUCGACGCCCGCCGGCAGUGGAAACGAAAACGCAAAGUUUACCGAAUUCUACGAUUUCCGCUUUGGCGAACUCGAUUGUACCGUCUACGGCGAUGAAUGCAGUAAGCAUAACGUCACUACGUAUCCGACGACUAUUUUAUACAAGGACGGCGAGACUUUCAAGACCUUCCAUGGCAGCAAGAAGAACAUAGCCGAACUAAGCGUCGAGAUCGAGGCUGCGCUGGAGAGCACGAAACCUGGAACGAGACCAGCCAAGUUGGACCUUCCAGCUCCCGGCGACGCGUCGACUCCUGGCGGCCCUAAGGUCGAUGUUUCUAGUCCCUCCAAAGACAGCACAAAGACAAAGGAAGCGGCAAAGGCCGACCCGUCUGCCGACGCGAAAGCAGAUGCCGACGCGAAAGCCAAGGCGGCCGCAAUUGCCCCGUAUCGAGCACCCCCCAGGAAGUCAAAGCCGCAGCCCACUCCUAAUAUCAACGGCACCUCGGUCCCCCUAUCGGCCGAGACCUUCCAGGCCAAGGUGACCUUGACACAGGAGCCAUGGUUCAUCAAGUUCUACGCCCCGUGGUGCCACCACUGCCAAGCCAUGGCACCCCACUGGGAGCAGAUGGCAAAGGACAUGAAAGGUAGACUCCACGUUGGCGAGGUCAACUGCGACGUUGAGUCCCGUCUCUGCAAGGACGUCCGGCUGCGUGGCUAUCCCACGAUUCUCUUUUUCAAAGGCGGCGAGCGAGUUGAAUACGACGGUCUUCGCGGCCUUGGCGACUUCAUCCAGUACGCCGACAAAGCGAUAGACAUCGCAAGCGGCGUGCCAGAUGUGGAUGCCGCCUCUUUCAAGACCCUCGAAGCCAAGGAAGAGGUCAUCUUCGUCUACUUCUACGACCAUGCCACCACCACCGAGGACUUCACAGCCCUGGAGCGCCUCCCGCUGAGCCUUAUUGGACGCGCAAAGCUUGUCAAGACCCAAGACCCCAAACUCUUCGAGCAGUACAAGAUCACCACCUGGCCACGGCUGAUUGUCUCUCGUGAAGGGCGACCGACGUAUUACACUCCUCUUACCCCGAGGGAGAUGCGGGAUACACACCAGGUCCUCACCUGGAUGAAAUCUGUCUGGCUGCCAAUUGUGCCCGAGCUGACGGCAUCCAACGCUCGUGAAAUCAUGGAUGGCAAGAUUGUCGUGCUGGGAAUACUGAACAGGGACGACCCAGAUAAAUUCUUGAAGGCCCAGCGCGAAAUGAAGAGCGCCGCCAAUGAAUGGAUGGACAAGCAGAUUAACGCAUUCCAACGCGAACGACAAGACCUUCGCGACGCCAAGCAAACUCGGAUCGAGGAGGCCGAGGACCGGGGCGAUCAACGGGCGCUGCGUGCCGCCAAGAGCAUCAGGAUUAACAUGGACAAGGCGGACCACAAGGAGGUUGCAUUUGCCUGGGUCGACGGCAUUUUCUGGCAGAGAUGGAUCCGGACGACAUAUGGCAUAGAUGUCAAGGACGGCGAUAGAGUCAUCAUAAACGAUGAGGAUAACCGUCAAUACUGGGACCAGACAAUCACGGGCAAUCCCAUCAACCCCUCUCGGACAGGGAUUCUUGAGACCAUACUCAGUGUGACGGCGUCGCCGCCCAAGAUCAAGUCGAAGCUCACCAUCUCCAGCAUCGAGAAGGUCUUCUUUGACAUCCGCGUCACAUUCUCUGAGCACCCCUACCUCAGCAUGGGCUGCAUUCUCGGCGUGCUCUUUGGCCUCGUCUCGUGGUACCGCGGCAGGAUGAGGAGGAUACGAGGCGGUCACUUCCGCCUUGAGGAGAAUGCCCGAGAAUACAAGUCGCCGCUUCUUUUCAGGACCAAUAUCAAUGGAAAGGCCGACUAA